AUGGGAAAAAACGUUUUGUUACUAGGAUCUGGUUUUGUUGCACAACCAGUCAUCGACACACUCGCUGCUACCGAUGACAUCAAUGUCACUGUCGCAUGUAGAACAUUAGCCAAUGCGCAAGCUUUGGCCAAGCCUUCUGGCUCCAAAGCUAUUUCAUUGGACGUUACCGAUGAUGAUGCUUUAGACAAGGUUUUGGCUGAUAAUGAUGUUGUCAUCUCAUUAAUUCCAUACACUUUCCAUCCAAAUGUGGUGAAGAGUGCCAUCAGAACUAAGACCGAUGUGGUUACUUCGUCUUAUAUUUCUCCUGCACUAAAGGAAUUGGAACCAGAGAUCGUAAAGGCAGGUAUUACUGUCAUGAACGAAAUCGGGUUGGACCCAGGUAUCGACCAUUUGUAUGCGGUCAAGACUAUAGACGAAGUCCACAGAGCUGGCGGUAAGCUAAAGUCCUUCUUGUCAUACUGCGGUGGGCUGCCAGCACCUGAAGAUUCUGAGAAUCCAUUGGGAUACAAAUUCUCAUGGUCAUCCAGAGGUGUGCUGUUGGCUUUGAGAAACUCUGCUAAAUAUUGGAAAGACGGUAAAAUUGAGACAGUCUCUUCCGAAGAUUUGAUGGCUACCGCUAAACCUUACUUCAUCUACCCUGGUUAUGCGUUUGUUUGCUACCCAAAUAGAGAUUCUACCCUUUUCAAAGAGCUAUACCACAUUCCAGAAGCUGAAACUGUCAUUAGAGGUACUUUGAGAUACCAAGGGUUUCCAGAGUUUGUUAAGGCUUUAGUCGACAUGGGUAUGUUGAAGGACGACGCUAACGAAAUCUUCAGUAAGCCAAUUGCUUGGAACGAAGCUUUGAGACAAUAUUUGGGUGCCAAAUCCGCUUCAAGAGAAGAUUUGAUUGCUGCCAUCGACUCAAAAGCCAACUGGAAGGACGAUGAAGACAGAGAGAGAAUUCUAUCCGGGUUUGCUUGGUUGGGUUUGUUCUCCGAUGUGAAAACCACACCAAGAGGCAAUGCUUUAGAUACCCUAUGUGCACGUCUAGAAGAAUUGAUGCAAUAUGAAGACGGUGAAAGAGACAUGGUCGUCCUGCAACACAAAUUCGGCAUCGAAUGGGCUGAUGGAACUACCGAAACGAGAACAUCUACUUUAGUCGACUAUGGGAAAAUCGGUGGCUACAGUUCUAUGGCUGCCACCGUCGGUUAUCCAGUGGCAAUUGCAACCAAGUUCGUCUUGGAUGGUACAAUCAAGGGACCAGGCCUAAUAGCACCAUACUCACCAGAGAUCAACGACCCAAUCAUGAAGGAAUUAAAGGAUAAGUACGGUAUUUAUCUAAAGGAAAAAACGGUGGCUUAA